GAGAGUACACUAAUGUAAUGGAAUCUGAAGAUUUCUUUAAACCUGAAAAUUUGAAUAAUUCUCCUAUUAAGACACUAUCAAAUACAAUCAUUAUUUCUACUUUACUAAUAAAGAUCUAUUUUAUUUGUAAAG